AUGGCCCCGAAAACCCGAACAACUAACCAAGGCGAGAAUCAACCAAUGAGUGCUGAAGCGAUCGCCCAAAUGGUCGCCCAACAAGUAGCUGCGGCCAUAGCACAACACGAAGCUAAUAGGAGCAUGGACACUGGAGAUGGAAGCAAUCACAUAAACUCAAACCUCAUCGGAGGAUGCACAUACAAGGCUUUCAUGGAUUGUAAGCCUAAAGGCUUUAAUGGUUCUGAAGGGGCAGUUGGAGUAAUUCGCUGGAUCGAGAAAAUGGAAGCUGUUCUAGACAUAAGCAAUUGUGCUGAUAACACUAAAGUGAAGUUCGCAGCAAGCAUGUUCUCUGAUGAAGCAUUGACUUGGUGGAAUCUCCAUGUGCAAACCAUGACCCGAGAAGUUGCUCACCAACUAACUUGGGAUGAACUAAAGACCAUGUUAUUAGAAAAGUAUAGCCCAAGGAACGAGCUACAAAAACUCGAACAAGAAUUUUGGCACCUUACCAUGGUUGAUGCUGAAGUUGCCGCCUACACCACCCGAUUCCAUGAACUGUCCCGUUUACUUCCCCACAUGGUGACACCUGAAUUCAAACGGAUCGAGAGGUACAUUUGGGGCCUAGCACCCCAAAUUCGUGGCAUGGUUACUUCUUCUAAACCACCUACCAUCCAAAGCGCAGUAACCUUAGCCCACAGCCUCACCGAUGAAGCCGUUCGCACUGGGGCACUAGGCAAUAAAGGAAACGGAGGGAAACAACACGAUAACAAGAGAAAAUGGGCAGGAAAGAAAACAGGAUACCAUUCUGGGAAGAAGCAAGAAAGUGCACGAGUCUUUGCAGCAGUCGCAACAGAAAAGAAACCUUACUCAGGACCCCUGCCCAAAUGCAACAAGUGUAAUUUCCAUCAUCAUGGCACAUGCGAAAGCUUUACUUGCACCAUCUGCAAGAAACCAGGACAUACCGCCAAGAGGUGCAGAUAUGCGGGGAAUGCUUCCACUCCCAGCCCCAACCCAAGGGCUUGCUUUGAAUGCGGGGCCACUAACCAUUUCAAGAAGGAAUGUCCAAAACUGAAAGAUCAGAAUUCGAACCAGGCAAGAGGAAGGGCAUUUGUCAUUGGAGCAGGGGAGGCUCGUCAGGACCCCAACAUCGUCACCGGUAUGUUCCUCAUAAAUGAUAUCUAUGCCUCUGUACUAUUCGAUACCGGUGCCGAUAGGAGUUUUGUCUCUACCAGCUUUAGACCACUAAUUAACGUAAAACCUGAUAAAUUAAAACAUAAGUAUGUUAUUGAACUCGCCAACGGUAAAUUAAUAGAAACCAGUGAAAUCAUUCGUGGUUGCACCUUGAAUUUGGAAAACCAUAAAUUCAGCAUAGACCUCCUACCCGUUACACUCGGUAGUUUCGACCUCGUUAUAGGAAUGGAUUGGUUCUCUCGAAAUCGAGCCGAAGUAAUAUGCGGAGAGAAGACAGUUCGUAUUCCACUCCCAAACGGUGAAGUGCUCAUAGUCCAAGGAGAAAAGGGAGAAACACGAAUGAAGAUCAUAUCAUGUAUGAAAGCUCACAAGUAUUUGAGGAAGAAGUAUCAAGCGAUCUUGGCCCAUAUCAUCGGACAAGAGUCUAAGGAAAGAAGAAUCGAAGACAUACCGGUAGUCAGAGAUUACCCAGAAGUCUUCCCAGAAGACUUGCCCGGGCUCCCACCCCCGCGACAAGUCGAAUUUCGAAUUGAUCUAACACCCGGAGCGGCACCCGUUGCAAAGCCACCCUAUAGGCUAGCACCGUCUGAAAUGAAAGAACUGUCCAACCAGUUACAAGAGCUUUUAGACAAAGGAUUUAUCAGACCCAGUUCUUCACCAUGGGGAGCACCUAUUAUCGGGAAUUAA